AGAGGCAAGGCGGCCAUAGAGGAGAGCGAGAUCCAAUUACCGAGACCUGGUUUUGGGGAGGGGGAAGGGGCAGACAGACAGGACGGAUCACAAGUUUCAAGACAAGAGCUUCCAAACUUGUCAUCCCUCUGUGACACAGCCCAGCGGAUAAAACCGCCACCGAGCCCGCACCAGAGGCAGAGCUCGUCGAGCGCGGUUGGAGGCGCGGGCGAAGCCAUGGAUUCUGUCGUCCUCCAGCUCUGGGCUGUCCUCUCCCUCCUGGUUCACCUUGCAGCCUGUAGUCCCAUCCUGAGCUUGGAGCACUCCUCCCUGGAGGAAGACGUGCCUCUUUUUGAUGAGAUCCUCUCCGAGCAAGAUGGGGUUGAUUUCAACACGCUGCUCCAGAACAUGAAAAAUGAGUUUUUGAAGACGUUGAACCUCUCCGACAUCCCCCUGCACGAGUCGGCCAAGGUGGACCCGCCAGAGUACAUGCUAGAGCUGUACAACAGGUUUGCCACCGACAGGACAUCGAUGCCUUCCGCAAACAUCAUCAGGAGUUUCAAAAAUGAAGACUUGGAUUCCCACCCCAUAGGCGUGACAGGAACUCGGAGGUACCCGCUGCUCUUCAACGUUUCCAUCCCUCACCACGAGGAGAUCACCAUGGCAGAGCUGAGGCUCUACACCCUGGUGGAGCGGGACCAGAGGCUCUACGACGGGCUCGACAGGAAGGUCACCAUCUUCGAAGUGCUGGACAGCAUCCACCUGGGGGCUGGGGAAGAGAGGAAGAUGGUGGCCCUGGCCUCCAGGCACAUCUACGGCACGAGCAGCGAGUGGGAGAGCUUCGAGGUGACCGAGGCCAUCCGGCGCUGGCGCAGGGCAGGGCUGACCACGCACCGGCUGGAAGUUCACAUCGAGAGCAGGGAAGGGGAGGAGCAGAACGGGGAAGGGAAACUCGACAUCGACAUCAACUCCGAGGCCAAGCACCUGCCCCUGCUGGUGGUGUACUCCGACGACCAAAGCAACGACAGAAAGGAGGAGAAGGAAGAGCUGAACGAGAUGAUUGACCACGAGCAGUUCCUGGGCCUGGAGAACCUGGAGGUUGGCAACUUCCACGACCAGCCCGGCGAGGAGGCGCUGCUCCAGAUGCGCUCCAACAUCAUUUACGACUCCACCGCCCGCAUCCGCAGGAACGCCAAAGGCAACUACUGCAAAAAGACUCCUCUCUACAUCGACUUCAAGGAGAUUGGCUGGGACUCCUGGAUCAUCGCCCCCGCGGGCUACGAAGCGUACGAGUGCCACGGCGUGUGUGCCUACCCCUUGACGGAGCACGUCACGCCCACCAAGCACGCCAUAGUCAAGACUUUGGUUCACCUGAAGAACCCCCAGAAAGCCUCCAAGGCCUGCUGCGUGCCCACCAAACUCGACCCCAUCUCCAUCCUCUACCUGGAUGCAGGGGUGGUCACCUACAAGUUCAAGUACGAGGGCAUGGUGGUGUCAGAGUGUGGCUGCAGAUAGUAGGAGGGAAGGCGCGCGCGGGGAGGGCACGGGGGGAGUAUUUAAUGAUUCAGUCUGUAAAUUUGUACAUUUGGGAUCUGCUAUUUAAUGAGGUUAUUUAAUGAGGCCUGUACAGAUAAUGGUAUGUUUCCUGCCACGGGGAAUGGGCACGUCGUGUAGGGAUUGUAUAUUUUGUUCCUUUGCUUCCUUCUCGCUGCUCUUCGCAGUCCAGAUCGCGACCGAGUCUCUCCUCCUGCCAGGGCAUGGAGCUGAUCACUGGAUUGUUUGGGAGGGCUCUUGGUGCCAGAAGGGCACAUCCAAAUUCACGGAAAUAAAGGCAUAUUUUUGUACUUUA